AUGCCCCACCAGAGGUGGCGGGCGCCGCGUUCGCGGUGCAGGAGCGGACCCACCUGGCGCGGCGGGUGGCGCUCGGGGACGCGGUGGCGCAGCUGGUGCGGCUGCAGGCCCUGUUCGGCGCCUCGCCGGCGGCCAGGGACGGCCCGUCGAGGCAGGGGCUCCAGAUGUUCUCCGACUCGGAGGACCCGUUCAAUGGCAUCAUCACGGCGCCGUCUCCCGCCGUGGAGGCCAUGUCGCAGGCCGCCCCUGCCGGAGGCGGUUCCGCACUGGCCGCCGCAGGGUCGCCCCUCGUUGCCCCCUCGCCGGGCGGCGCCGCCCUGGCCGCCGACGGCUGCGCGGUGUUCGGCUGUGGCAGCUUCCACGAGCAGAACAGCUGUCAGUGCAACGCUGCCUGCGAGGACUUCCAGAGCUGCUGCGCCGACUACCCCUCGGUGUGCAAGCCCGCGGACCCGACGCCGAGCCCGAGCCCGGCGGUGCCCGCGGCGCCCCUCGCCCGCGCCGGCGGCGGCGGCGGCCACGCUGCGGCGGCGGGCCACGGCCUUUCGGGGGGCACCGCGGAACUACGGCUGCGGCGGCUUCGGCAGGAAGCAGAGCUGCCAGUGCAACGACAAUUGCAAAGACUACGGGAAUUGCUGCUCAGACUACACGGACACAUGUCUGGACACCGACAGCCCGCCCCCGCCCACCGCGCCGAGUGCCACGGAGGGCGGCGGCGCUCAGAGGGGCGGCAAGCACAGCGGCUGGGAGGCCGCGGGCAGCAGCGGCGAUGCAGGCGGCGACUCUCUGGGCUGCGCAGACUACGGAUGCGGCGAAUACAACGCAGACCAGAAAUGCCAGUGCAACCCAGACUGCAAGACCUUCGACAGCUGCUGCUCGGACUACGAGGUGUUCUGCGGCGGCGCCAGCGUCGGCCCCCCGCAACAGGCCGAGGAUCCGGCCGGCUUCAUGGGCGGCGCUGGCGGCGCAGGCGGAGACAGCUGCGCCAAGUUCGGGUGCGUGACCUACAAUGCCGGGCACAGCUGCCAGUGCAACGCGGGCUGCACCGAGUUCGGAUCGUGCUGCAGCGACUACGAGGAGCACUGCACGGCGGCUGACGGCGGCCACCGGUCGGAGAGCGCGUCCUCGGACAGCGGCGACGGCUUCUUCGCGGCCGGCGGCCCCCCGCUGUCGCAG